AUGAGUGACGCACAAUGUGUUGAUCAGAAAAGCAGUGGCAGUGACAGUAGUAGCACAGGGGAGGAGGAAAGACUUAAACAACUGUUCCUAAGCUGUGAUUCUAAUAACGAUGGAUGUCUGGAUUGUGAAGAUUUAUACGACAUGUGCAGAAAACUGAAUAUGGCAGAAUGCGCCGAAGAAAUUAUAAAUACUCUUGGUGCAAAUACUAAAGGGCGAAUAACAUUCGAUGAGUUCCUCAGCUGUCGGGAAAAAGUUUUUCAAAUGCAGACUGAAGCAGAUCCGGUAUAUUUUUCAAAGGCUGAUUUACCUAACUACCAAGUUUAUAAACACUGUGAAAUGAACUGGCAUAACUGCAAAACUGACAGGCCACUAGAUCGGAUCCUGAAAGGAGGUCAUACGAAAGAUGGAGGCACCAUUCGUAAGCUGCAUGAAAAUACCAAUCUUGGAAGUUCUGCAAGCGAAAACAGCCUUGUUAACUCAGGUGCUGAGGCCGAGUUAAAUCCAUAUUUUGAUCAUGUUCGACACUUAUUUGAAUGUGCCAACACUCUUCAUGUUCAACGGACAGCUCAGUUGCGUUCGGAGAUUCGUGAUCUCUCACAUGGACUGCAAGGCCUACAGACAAGUCGGGUUAUGAGUUGUCGUGAAAUACAACGCUUACAAAAAGAGAAGGAACAAUUACGCACUGAAUUAACUAAUCAAGUUUCACGUUAUGAAGAUCGUUUAACUGAACUACAUAGUGUAAUCGCUGAAUUACGACGUCGUUUGGAACAUUCUGAAACGAAUGUUAUCCAUGAAGAAGAAGAAUUCGAAGAAAAUGAAGAUGCUGAUGAAGAUGAUAAUGAUAAUAAUGAUGGUAGUGAUAUUGUUAGUAGAAGUGAAUCAGAGAAGAAAUCAGAAAAACGAAGAUUGUCAAAUAAUUCCAAAUUGUUGAUCAUUUCAAACAACCAGUCAACAGAUCUAUGUGAUGAAUAUGAUAAAGAUGAGAGUGGAAAUAGUGAUGCUUCUGUUGAUGCAAUUAUGGACGGUGAUGAUGAUGAUGACAUUAAUCCAAAUAGUUGUGGUAGUGAUCAUGAUGAAGGAUUAGAUAAAUAUGGUGAGAUUGGUAGAAAGUGUCAAAAUUCACAUCGACCUUCAAAAAACUUUGGCAUGCACACUAAUUUUGUAUAUGACCAAUUCAAUCGAAAUUAUAACCUUUCAAGUAGACAAUUAUCUCAUCAUCUGUCAUUGAAUAAGGAUGGUAAUAAUAACAACACUGAUAUUACUAACACUACUACUGCAGAUAAUAACAAUAAUAAUGAUGUGUAUAUAUCCAGUAAUAUAAAUGGAAUAUCGAAAAAUUAUAACCAUGAUUUGUGCAUAAAAUAUGAAACAAUCCUUUCAAAUAUGCAAACUCAAUUAAACUGUGUUAUACAAGAACGAGAUAUGUUAGCCAGUCAGUUGAAUACUAUCAUGGAUACAACUACUUCAAGUAUAAACACAACAACAGCUACACCAGCGAUAACAACAACGACAACAAUAUUGACUGAAGACUCUUCAUUGGUAUCAACACCGAAAUCUAAUUCCAUAUUACAUCCUGUCAUGGGUGUGAAUCGAUCUGCACAAAUGAAAUCCACUACUUACAAUAAUAAUAAUAAUAAUAAUAGCUUACAUCCUAAUUCUUCGAUUAACGGGAUUCCUACCACAUCUAUUCAACAAUUACAGUAUAAUCAACAGAAUUUAAACUUAUCAAACCUGAUAACAUACAAUACUACUAACUCAUCAAAUACUGUUAAUUCUUCUGGACAAAUAAAUCAUGAUAAAUUGGUUGAUACAAUUAUGAUGACAACACAACCGAUAGCAACAACAACAACAAGUAAUAAUAUAUCAGAACAAAUGAAUUCCAAUGUUUAUGAUCUACCUGAACCAGAAUGGAUAACAUGUACAUUGAAAAAGUAUCAUGAAUACAGUAUAACUCAUAGUAAACAGAAUAUUACUUCAGGAUUAACUGUAGGAUCUUGUUCCUCAGCGACAACUACCACCAGUGAAGUUGGAGGCAUUGGUUGUGUUGGUGGUGUUGGGGGUGGUAGUAGUAGUACUAGAACAGGAGGUAUACCACUUGACUAUGAACAAUCUUUAUUUGAUCACAUUAGUUCUGAAGACAUUAUUAUUGAUUCAUCUGAUGAGAUGACAAUGAAUCUACCUGGUCAAUUCUCGCCUAAUGCAUUAAUGAUACUCUUAUCUAGUCUAGCUCAGUUAUCCCCGUAUCCACGAUUAACUGAAGCAGCUCAAUGUGGACAAUUGACAUGGCGUCGGUUAUUAACUACACUGGCACGUUAUCGUUCAGACUGUUUGGUACUACAGGCAAAUUUAGCGGAGAUUAAAUCGAAUGCUGAUCAAAUGCAGUGUCAGUUGAAUCAAAUCGAAGCGAAUUGGUCUGUUAUUUUUCGUGCUAUGCAAAUGUCUGAGGCUGCACUAGAAGUUAGUGAUUGCCUAAAUCAGUUAUAUUCAACUGAAUUGGCUGUAACCAUUUAUCGUCAAACACAAAAACUUCACUUACCUAAACAUCCAUUUUCAACUAUCUCCUCGUCAACAUCAUCCUCAUCAUUUCAUGGUCAUAGUAAAUCAUCGAAUAAACUACAACAAGUGAAUAGUCAACAACCUCAACAACAGUUGCAACAGCAACCUCCACCAUUGAAAAGAUUUUCAUCACAACCACAAUCUCAACCAUUUUUACCAACAACACAUACACCAUCAUCUCCAUAUCAAGCAUAUGCUGUUGUUCCUUUAUCUAAUUCAUUUGGAUCAUCGGAGGAACAUGAUCUCUCUCAUCAUCAUUUAACUAAUGGACAACAAAUUCCAUCAGUUCACUUGAGUUUGAACACCCUGAAAUCAUUUAGACAACAAGCUGAAUUUCUAGCGUACACUAUGUUAGAUAGAUAUGAGACAUCGGAUGGGGGUUAUGAAAAGAUUCUGCCAACAUGUAUACCAAAUCAAAUCAAUACAACAACAACAACAACAGCUGGUGGCGUAAAUAUUACAGCACCAAUGACUUCUGUCGGAGGUGCUUUCUCUUUACAGCGUGCCAGUAAUCCUAAUCACAAUCAACAUCAUCAUCAACAUCCUUCUCAGUCUCCUGUUAGUCCUGGUCUGUUUUCUAUGCAAUCAGCUAUUACAUCAUCGAACAGUUUGUUGGAUAAUAACAGUGUCUAUGCUAAUUCAUGGUAUGUUAGUUUAAAUCGUUCACGACCUAAUCCUACAUUACGCUCAUUUAAUGAAAUCGGUGAGCAAUUUCAGCAACAACAACAACAACAACAACAACAAAUACCUUCAAUGACCAAUGUGACAGGCUCGAUUCCAUCAGUUAAUUAUCAUUCAAAUCAUCAACAACAGAAUGUACGAUCAAAUGGCUUGAACAAUAGUCUACAGUUAAUAAAUCCACAGAUACGUUCAUUUUUGAAACCACAUUCUCAGAUAAAUACAAAUCAGAAUAUUAAUAAUACACCUGGAAAUAUUGCUGGUGGCGGUGGUGGUGGCUGGGAAACUCCAGAUUCAGGUGCUGGUAGCAGUAGUAUCAAUGAAGUCUCCUCACAAAAUCAACAAUCGAAUUGUUGCCUUAAUCCACCCUUUUUAUUAUCCUCUUCAUCAUCUUCAUUGCUAUUCGGACAUUUUUAUCAAACAUAUGGAAUAAAUAAUUACAAUACUACUGCUAAUACUAACAUGGAUAAUAAUAAUAAUAAUAAUAAGUUGAAUGGUCAAUCAGAUUCAUUCGUUUCACAUUCACUACUGGAUAAUCUUCCACCCUUAUGGACAUUCUUAUCAAAGUCAUCAACAUCCUUUUAUGAAUCUGAUUUAGACUCAUCUGAUUCAUCAGAUGUACCUGGGAAUUUAAUCAAAUCUACUGAUAUUAUAACACAUACACAUACUACUAAUCACAAUAAUAAUAAUAAUAGUCAAGGAUUACACCAUCUCCAACACCAACACAGCCAAAAUUCUCAAUUGCAUAAUCCUAAUCACAAUACUAGUAACAGUAAUAUUCAUUUAUCUAAUUGGUCCCGAUUAGAAGAACGCAAACUACGUACAGUUUAUUGUCAAUUAAUACAAACAUAUAAACGUUUAAAGUCAAUGCUAAUUGAUAUACCUAAUCUAGACAUGUUCAUUAAUAUUGAUGGUGUAGUAGAAACAUCGUCUAUCAGUUAUGGAGGUGGAGAUAAUAAUAUUGGUGUAGUCAACAGUAAAUUAUCAACAACAAUACCAUCAUCUACAAGUUCAAUGCAACAAAAAGUUGAUUCAGAUCUACUGAAUCGUUUAAACCAAUCGAAUUCCGCUCCAAUGAAUUCCUUGCGUAAAUUACCUCUGGCAGUACUUCUGGAAAAUUCAGUACUCUUACAGGAGUUAUGCUGUGUAAAAGAAGAAUGUGCAGAUCUUAAAGUCCGUGUAUACUUACUUGAAAAAGAACUUUGUGCUAAUCGUUUAACACUAGAAAGUCGUGCAGCCGCUGAACGUGCAUUACGUGCUCAUCUUGACGCCUUGAUCAUUGAACAACAACAACAACAACAUUCUCAGCCAACAAAUGAUCAACAGAAGGACGGAUCGACAAUAGUGGUCUCAUCAUCAUCAACAACAAUAACAAAUCAAUCUAUGGUAGGGAUAAAUCAUCAUGAAACAGCUUUAUUACGAGGUCAAGUAAAGAACUUAUUACAAGCACUUGAAGCUCUUCGCAGUAGUACAGAGAUACAACAAGUUCAAAGUGAGGAAUUAGUUGAUGAUUUGAAACGUGCCAACAGUGCAUUGAUAACAGCAUUUGAAAAGGCUAAACGUAAGUAUAUGACACGUAUUAAAAAACUUGAAGAUCAGUUAACGUCAAUUCAAAAAAUGUCAUCUAUAUGCAUCAACUCGUCUACUACUUGCACUAGUAUCGAUAUUACUACUACAUCUCAUUCAAGUAUACCAACAACAGCAUAUCAUCAUCAUCAUCAGAUUGCUAGAACUACACUGAAUCCUACUACAAUGAUCAAUACUACGGCUAUUUCAAGUAUUAAUGCUACACCACUUCUCGACACAACUGUUAAUAACAGUGGGAAUACUACUACUAAAGGAUACACCAGAGAUUAUCAUCAUCAGCUGAUAAAUAUGGCUGAAAUAUCAAAUACAACAACUAUGUUCAAUGAUGCAAAUAACUUUAAUUCUAAUCAUUCACAAGUCUAUCCUAUACAACCUAUGAAAAGUGGUUUUGUAUCAUCAUAUCCGAAUUCAACAAUUAAUUAUAAUCGUGAUUUAACUUCUAACCCAAUGUCACCAAUACCACCACCUAUGCAACAACAACAGCAGUCAAAACUGCAACAGACUAAACCACCAAAUACUCCAAAGUGUAGAAGUGGUCAGCUGCUUCAUAGUCAACAAUCGAUUACUGUUCAUCCUUCUUCUUCUACUACUACUACUACUACUACUACACCAAGCAAUACUUUAUCACAAUUUAUAAAUUCGAAAAAUUUACCUCCGCAUCCAAAAUGA